ACCUGAAGAACGCGUAUUUUGAAUUGUGGAGUGACAGACGGACUCAAGCGAUACCAAGCAGAACGGACAUCUACGGUUGAUUUUUUUUUCUCUAUAAAGGGGUCUUUCGCUACUUUCUUUUUUAACGUUCAGGGUUUUAAAAUGAGGAAAAGCGAGGUGCUCGCAGCAGAGGCUGUGUCGUGUCUGAAUAAGGCACUUUGCCACCUGAAGGACAUCUGGGAGGAGAUCGGUAUCCCGGAGGACCAGAGACUACAGAGGACUAAUGUUGUUAAGAACCACAUUAAGAACCUACUAGAGAUGAUGGUUAAAGAGGAGGAAUCUCUAAAAAACAGACUUCUAACGAGCAUCCAGAAAUGCAGGACAGAGAUGGAAAAACUCUGUCUAGAGCUCCAGAUUCCGGUUUUUGAGGAGGAAGAGGGUCUAACUAUGCUUCAGCAAGAGAAGAACAUCCGCACCGAGGUGGAGGCUUUGAUGAAGGAGAAGAACCAGCGCAUGCAGCGACUGAAAGCUCUGCUGGAUCAGGAUCAGGACCUGUGUGACAUUUUGUGCUCCAUGCCAUACGGCAUCACUCCAGAUUUGGUUCCCUCACUGGAACAGCUUGAGAACUUUCAACAGCACAUUGCCAAGCAGAAUGAGGAGAAGGUAAAACGAUAUGCAGAGUUUACAGAGCUGAAGCAGCAGAUCAUUUUACACAUGGAGGAACUGGAACAGAUCCCAGAGACGAGCUUUGAGAAGGAUGUUGUGUGUGAAGAUGAGGAUUCUUUUUGCCUUUCCAGGGACAAUAUCACCUCUCUCAAACUGCUUCUUUGUCAGCUGGAGGAACGUAAGGCUCAGAAUGAAGCGACCUGCGAGAUUCACAGAGAGAAGAUCCAGCAGCUUUGGGACCGACUGCAGGUUCCCCAGGAGGAAAGAGAGCUUUUCAACGAACACAUGGUGGCAUCCAGGAAGAGGAACCAGGAGGCGUUGCAAACAGAAGUGCAGCGAUUGGAAUCCCUCAAGCUGCAAAACCUGCGUAACGUGACAGAAGCUAUUCGAUCCGAGAUCGCUGUGUUUUGGGAAAAGUGUUUUUUCAGCAUUGACCAGCGACAGGAUUUCACACCAUAUUUUAGUGAGGAUUAUAAUGAGGAGCUCUUGGCUCUGCAUGACGCUGAGAUUCAGCGCCUGAAACAGCACUACGAGGAUCACAAAGAGCUUUUCGAGGGCGUCCAGAAGUGGGAAGAAAGUUGGAGACUCUACUUAGAACUUGAAAAGAAAGCAACAGACCCAACACGGUUCACUAACAGAGGAGGAAAUCUUCUUAAAGAGGAGAAACAAAGAUCAGAGCUUCACAAAAACCUUCCUAAGCUUGAAAAGAAAUUAAAAGCCCAGAUUGACACAUGGGAGAGUGAACAGGGCCGGGAGUUCCUGGUGAACGGUCAGAAGUUCCUGCAGUAUGUGGCAGAACAGUGGGAGCUGCACCGGAUAGAGAAAGAAAAGGAGAAACUAGAGAGACAAAUAAAGAAAAGCAAACAGACGGAGGAGGACAUGCUGUAUGGAACUGCAGUACGAACUCCAACCAAGCGUCGAUUCCUCGGCACCCCGACCUCCAAUAAAUCCCGGAAGCUAAAUGCAACGUGCAGCAUGUCCAGUGGGCACUCUAACAGCACCAUGCGCUCUGUGUACGGCGGAAUGGUCUGUCGCUCACCUGUGCCUCGUCUUCCCCUCUCAGCAAACAAGACUACAGCAACACGGACGCCCGGUGGCAGCAAACCCCCCCACCCAAGGAUUCAGGAGUGCAACAAGGAGAAUGAGGCCCAGUUCAAGGGGAGCCCAAUGAGCGGUGCGUUCCAGACCCCACCCUGUCCACAGCGUAACUUCAGCAUGGCUUCUGUUGCCAGCACAUAUUCAGAGUUUGUGAGGGACUUGGUCAACACUGAAUCUGUUCAAUCAAGCGAGACCUGUCCAAGGCCCCAAACACCAAGGUCCAGCACGGCAUCCUGAACUCAACCAGCACCAACCCCUGACUCUUCCACUCUGAGGCUAAAUGAUGUUAUGGAACGUAUAAAUUAGCUCCAGCACAAGUUCAGGUGUUAUUAAAAGGUUCACUACUUUUUACUGCUUCUAGCUUUUAUGGAUAAAUGAAGGCAUUUAUAUAUAUUGAUUGUUAAGUAAAGGAGGAAGAUAUUUUUGGAUAUCAACAAUGCCGUUAUAAGAUGGAUUUGUCACUGUCAGUUUAAAAAGAAAAUGUAUUGUAAAUGAACACUACCUUGGUGCUCAAAUGUCCUUCAGUUCUUGAGAUGUAUAAAAUAUUCUGUAUCCUAAAUUGAACUAUUUCUUUCAUAUUUAGACAAACUAGCAUUAAGCUUUCGGAUCUUAUACAGACUGGGGUUACAGGCCAAAUGUAUUACGCAUAUGCUGCACUUUUUUUGAAUAGGUCUUGCAACUAAUAGAAUAAUUUUACGGUAACA